UAGAGACCAUGGCAGUCACCUUCAYACUUCUUCUGCUCGCUGUCCUCUCAGGGGCUGACGGGGCUCGUAUCGUUGGGGGCAAAGAUGCUGUCGCCCACUCGCGCCCGUACAUGGCCUCGCUGCAAAUCCAGGGUCAGCAUUUCUGUGGAGGCGUGCUGGUGAGAGAGGACUUUGUGCUCACRGCAGCACAUUGUGACAUAGAAUUACCGAGCAAAGUUGUGCUUGGACUUGACACUCUGAGCGGCAGAGAGGCAGCACGGCAAGAGUUUUCUGUUCUCCAAUCUAUUCCACAUCCAGACUUCAAGGAUCUCACAAAUGACAUCAUGCUCCUAAAGCUGAGCAGUAGAGCACAGCUCACUAAAGAAGUGCAGCUGAUCCCUCUGAUGUCUGAGCAGCUCAAAACAGGAAGUGCCUGCAUCACGGCUGGCUGGGGAGAUAUCGGGGAUAACAUGACCUUAGCAGACCGGCUCCAGGAGGUCAAUGUCACCGUUUUGUCCAACAGGUUUUGUAAAAGAAGAUGGAGAGAACUUCUCGAUGUAAAAACGAUGGUUUGUGGCACUGGGGCCAGAAGCUUUCAGGGCUUCUGCUCGGGGGAUUCAGGUGGUCCGUUGGUGUGUGAGGGAGCUGCAGCAGGCAUCGUCUCCUUCUCUGGAAACCGAUGUGGAGACAAGAAGACCCCCGAUGUCUACACUUGUGUUUCAUGCUUCAGGAGUUGGAUAGAAACAGUGUUAAACAACAAUUAGGCCACAGGGGAUAUUAGUUUGGAAUUCAGUGGAUUUCUUUUUCUUUGAACUUUAUUUGGGGGGAAGAAAARCAAUUCAAAGAUUUUGCAACUUUAAAGACCAUAUCUUAYUUUUMAUUACAAAAGAGGUAAAAAUGUAACAAAAUGUCAGACAAGUCAAUUUGAUGCAAAAUUCUAUAUAUAAAAAAGCAAUUUUUCAGUUAGGUUUUAUGAAAAGUUAAUAAAGAUUAUUCCUGRAACUCACAAUUUUCUUCUGUAUUUUAGCCUUUUUUCAUCAUUAUUAAAGAAUAAAGCCUUCAUAUAGUAAAUAUAUGCUAAAAGUAUCUUGUUUCUUGUAAAUAAACCUCUAGUUUAUUGCCUUUAAA